GGCAGCAUCACCAAGGGAGGGCCCGUGACGGUGUGCAGGGACGAAGAGCUGCAGGGCCAGCCAGACCCGUUUUUCAUCAAGGGGAAGAGGGUGUCGGGGGGACCCCAGAUGAUCCAGCUCAGCUUGGAUGGGAAGAGGCUGUACGUCACCACGUCCCUCUACAGCGCCUGGGACCGGCAGUUCUACCCCGACCUCGUCAGGGACGGCUCCGUCAUGCUGCAGCUGGACGUGGACACGGAGCAGGGCGGCCUGACGGUCAACGGGAGCUUCCUGGUGGAUUUUGGGAAGGAGCCCGGCGGGCCCUGCCUGGCGCACGAGAUCCGCUACCCCGGCGGGGACUGCACCUCCGAUAUUUGGGUCUAGCCGCCCUCUGCUG